GCUUUUGAUGGUGGAAUUACAGCCAUCCAUAUGCUAAAAAGCCAGAUUACUCUAAAUAAGCUGAUGUUUGUAGGACAAGCAAUUCUUGAUAUUAGUAAGGCUAUGAUGUAUAACUUUUGGUAUGGCUAUAUUAAACCUACUGGGCAGAGGCUAGACCUAUUUGAUCUUAAUAAUUCUGGAGACUUAUUUCUAAUGAAAGAUGAGUGUAAGGGGAUCCCGAUUAGUGAAGCUGUAUGUUUAAAGCCAAAAAUGUAUUCAGUUCUUCCAGUUGGUCAUGAUCCCAAAACGCCUAUAACAGAGGCGGAUUUUGAAAAAGAGUUAGAAGAAAAGGGUUGGCAGAAAAAGCAUGGCAUAUGA